CCCUAGCAAUGGCAAGGUAUUGAGUGUCUCUCACGCAUUCUUCCAGCCACCGCCGCGCAGCGAGCGAUCGAUCGAUGAUAGGGCAAUGAUCGCGGCGAAUUGCGACGAGGAUGGAGCAGCGGGCCCAUCAGCCGAGGGCAAUCGGUGACUACAUCACCAGCCAGGAGAUUGGAGCAGGGUCUUUUGCGGUGGUGUGGAAGGCGCGGCACAAAAUCACAGGGCAUGAGGUCGCGAUCAAGGAGAUUGGCACUGAGAAGCUCAAUAAGAAGCUCCAGGAGAGCCUCCUGUCGGAGAUCUCCAUCCUCAAGAAGGCGAAUCAUCCAAAUAUCAUCCGCUUGCAUGAUAUUGUCGAGGCUCCCGAUCGCAUCUAUCUAAUUUUGGAGUACUGCGCUGGUGGAGAUUUGGCUGGCUACAUUCAUCGCCAUGGCAAAGUUGGUGAAUCGGCUGCCAGGAAUAUCAUGCAACAGCUUGGUUCUGGCCUCCAAGUUCUUCGGAAGAACAACUUGAUCCACAGAGACUUAAAGCCUCAGAACUUACUGCUAUCAACAAACGAUCACAAUGCUGUUCUCAAGAUUGCUGACUUUGGAUUUGCGCGGUCACUGCAACCUCAAGGUAUGGCGGAGACGCUUUGUGGCUCACCUUUGUACAUGGCUCCCGAGAUCUUACAUUGUCAAAAAUAUGAUGCAAAGGCUGACUUAUGGAGCGUUGGGGCCAUUCUCUAUCAGCUUGUUCUCGGAAGGCCGCCAUUUUCCGGAAAUAAUCAUGUCCAGCUUUUGCAAAACAUAACAAAGAAUGAGGUCCAGUUCCCUCAUGCAGCUCAGCUUCAUCCUGAUUGCAUUGAUAUGUGCCGUAAAUUGCUUCGACGGAAUCCAGUUGAGCGUCUUUCGUUUGAGGAGUUCUUUAACCAUCCCUUUAUGAGGCCAAGCUCGUUGAGGCCGUUUCAUAAAGCCACUCAUACGGACGUGGACUCCUUGGAUUCUCAUCAGGAAGAUUGUUUCCCUUUCCUGAUUGAUGAGGAACCGCAAGGCACAAUCGAUAUUCCUGUAAAGCAGCCACCGCAAACUCGAAUCACAGGCGUGAAGCUAUCAAAUUCACCUCCUAAUCUGUUCAAGGAGCAAAGAGGCAUUCCAGAUCAUGAAGAAACUGGGAAGGUUUAUCAUAUGGCAGAGGCUGAGGCUUGCCAGGACGCUGAAGGAUCCAGUUCUCCAAGAACAGUGGUGGAUUCAAUGGAGUAUAUAGAGCGAGACUAUGUGGUAGUAAAACGGUUCACUUCGCCAGAAGCACUGUCGCUAACAUUCAGUGCCUCUCCGAAUGACCAGCAUGGAAGCAAAGGAGGAUCACCUCAUAAGAACUUUACAAAGUCUUCAUCGCCAGUUCUACAUGCUCCUCUUUCAGGUGGUGCUGGCAGUCGAGGUUCCACACCACCAGGUUUGUCUGAAGGAUACCAUCAUCCUGAUUCUGGCGACACGCUUGAAGCACCAUCUCCUCACCCCGCAACGAGGAUAUCUGCGCUGCAGUGUUGUGCUCGCUUGGUGGCCGAGCUAGCCACAGAUAAGUUCAACUCUGGCCAUCCUUUGGAAUCACUCUCUGUGCAUUUGAUAUGCCUUGCGAUUUGGAAGGAAGCGUUGCAAGUGUGCCAUGCCUGGGCAGCACCGGCAACUGGUCCCCGAGGCUUGGGAAUGCCCAGAGAUCAAGAAGGCGCUGCCACUUGCACGCAAGUAGAACACGAGUUUUCUCUCGCAGUUGAUCGAGGUGAUGGUUAUGCUGCUCACUUGCGAAGCAUGGACGGGAGCGUGGAGAUGCCAGACGCAGUCGAGAUCAUCUUCCAGGCAGCCCUGACAGUCGGCCGAGCUGGAGCGGUGGAAGAGCUCAUGGGAAACGUAGCAAACGCAAGCGUGGCUUAUGGAAAAGCCGUGACUUUCCUCUACUUCCUACUCGUGGAGGGCCCUUGUUUGCAGCUAAAUCCACCCCUGGCACUGACGCUCGCGGACAGGCAACGAUUAAAACGCUACGCUGAUAUGAUAAAUGCGCGAUUGAAAACGUGUACAGCACAAAGGGACCUCCCACAAGCUGGGAGAAGUUAAAAAGAGUGAAAGAACAAAGGAACAAAUCACGGGCCACAGCACGGUGGUGGUAAUGUAUAGAGACGUACUAUGUAAUGUAAAUAGUAAUAAUCCACGAUAAGCUAACGGCUUUGUUGUGAGCCGUUGAAAUCUCA